AUGACCAUUGUUGCUUCUCAGUCUUUAUCAUUACAAUGUUUACGAAUUAUGAGAGAUAGACGUGAACAACAAGAUGUCAAAAUAGCAAAAGGAAUAGUAUCUAAAUUGGAAAUGAUGAAAGAAUUUAAAUCUAAUUUGGAACAGUUAGAGGGAUUAUUCCAAAACCUUGAUAGUAAAGUGAAAACAGACAAUAGCAGUGCAGUGGUCCAUAAAGUUGUUACAAUUCUUACCAAACGCAUCAAUAACUUGUGGAAUAAUAUAUUUUUACUUUUCACCAUCAAUGAUGAACUUGUACAAGAAUUCAUACACUUUACACAUACUCAUAGAACGCCUACAUUAAGUAAAUGCAAUAAUUAUAAUGUCAUAUACAAAAGAAUCAUUAGCAAAUUAGAGAUAAUUUCAACUCAAGAAGGUACAAUUUUUGAUUUUGCCUCUUCUGAUUUUAUCAAAAUUCUUCAAACAACAGCGUUUGUCGACAAAACAUUGAUGAUAAAAGAAUUAUUUCAAAAUAAAGAAUUCAAAAGAACAGUAAUCACAGCUCCCCGUAAAUAUGGAAAAUCAACAAAUCUAACUAUGCUUAAAUACUUCUUGGAAAUUCAGGUGGACUCUCUCGGAAAACCGAUUACAAAAGCAAAUGCUGAGAAACCAAUCACAGAUACCAGUAAUUUUAAUUUAUUUAAGGGUUUAAAUAUUAGCAAAGAAACUAAGAUAAUGAAUAAGCAUCUAGGGAAAUACCCAGUUUUGUAUGCACAUUUUAAAAUAAAAAAGCAUAUUAAAACCUAUACCUGUGUUAUUGAAGUGUGUAAAGAAGUAAUUCAUAAAGCUUUUCAAUCACAUAAAUAUUUACAAAUAAGUUCUAAAUUGGACAUUCAAGAGAAAAAAAUAUGUAAAUUGUGGUGCGAUGAUGAAAGUUACAAAAUGAUUAAGAAUAUAAAUGAUAUUUGUAUUGGUUUAAGGUCAUUGUGUAAAUUUUUAACAAAGCAUUAUAAUAAGCCAUGUUUUGUUCUAAUUGACGAACCCGACUUUUUAACAAAUGUUUCAAUAACACAGUCUUUGUUAGAAGAUUAUAAACGUAUUUCUUUUUUUAUAAGCCAAUGUUUAUUAUUUUUAACAAACGAAGAAUUUGUUGUUAGAGCAUUUGUGACUGGAAAAUCUAGUUAUGCUAUCCGUGGAAUAGUGCCUUCAUGUAUAGAAAUACAACCGUUCUCUGAGUUUCAUGAGUUCACUGAUUAUUAUGGAUUAACUAUAAACGAGUUGGAAUAUCUUUUCGAAAAACCGGAAUUUAAUGCUGUGACAGUGACAAUAAAUGAAGUAAAGGCUUAUUAUGGUUCAUAUAAUAAAAUUGAUCAACUUUCAAAAACGAAGAAGGAGAUAUAUUGCAUUUGGUCAAUUUUAAAUGUUUUAAAAUGUAAAAGACUUGACAACUUUUGGCGGGACUUUGGAACUAUUUUUUGUAACUUUUCGAAUCCAACUAUUAAAGACUCAAUGCAACAGUUAUUAGUUAAUGAACCUAAUAUGGCUCUGGUAUACGAUAGAACAAAACCAAAAACUUAUCAAGUUACUCCUCCAAUUAUUGCAGCAACUGGAACCCCUACUGAGAACUCAUUAGAUUAUUUUUUCAAUCUCUUGUUGGAGAUAGGCUAUUUAACCUAUGCUUCAGCUGUAGUACAAGCCUUAGACCUGCCUAAUAAUACAAACACCUGUAUAUAUGUAAAAAUACCAAAUGAGGAGGUUAGACAAGAUAUUAAAAAGAAAAUAUCAUUGCUCUCUUAA